AUGCUGCACCGUGUCCCUGCACCGUCUAAUUACAUUAGCAUCUUUAUUCUCGGAUACUUUGAUAGUUUCAGUGCUACAACUCUUUCUGAAGCUGGAAGGAAUUUCAAACUCACUCUUAUUGCUAGGCGUUCCCGCCAUAAUGCUGGAACAAGGUGCUUGAAACGAGGAAUAAACGAAAGUGGCAACGUUGCUAAUGAUGUCGAAACAGAGCAGAUACUGUCUGAGGACGUUCCUAAAGACCAUCCCACUCAAAUAAAUUCUGUUGUGCAGAAUCGUGGCUCAAUCCCUCUAUUUUGGUCACAGGAGACCUCCGGAUAUAGUGUCUGGGUAUCUAUAUUGGCAAGUGUUGCUUCUGCUUGCACCUUAACCUACUUAAAUACAAAAGAGAGGAGACCCAGGGAGUCGAUUCUCUGGGCAGAGUUUGCCAAUGCAACUGACUUUAUAAACAAAGAUCUGCCUGAAGAAAAUCGUCUCAGAUUCCUUCACUGGGACUUGCAUAAACAUUUUCAGAGCAAAACAGCAAAUGUCUUGACACUUCUUGGCAAAGUAGCCGUGUGUGCUUUGAUGCUAACAGGUUUCUUUUACCAUCAAGUUACCCCAGCAAUGAUGCUCGAGGGUUGUAUGAGCUUGUCUUCUUCUGAUGCCGAAAUGUCACCACAUAAUAGUUCUGAUGAUGAUUGUGGGGAAUAUGAUUCAGUAGAGAAGACUUUUCGCCCUAAGAAUGUUGCUAGUGGUGAUUAUGAUAACAAGCCUCGUAGGCUCCAGAGGGGCGUGCUGAGGACCAAUUUCAUAGAUUGUCUUGACCGUACAAAUGUUGCGCAAUAUGCAUAUGGUUGGGCUGCUCUAGGUCAACAGCUUCAUGCUUUGGGAAUUACAGAUGCUACAACAAUAGAACUUGAUGAUCCUUGCAUGAAGUGGUUAAGAGGAAAGGAACCUAUGGAAGCGGAACCGUCUGGACACACAAAGAUCUGUGAUGAUUUUACAGAUAGCUUCAAACAAUGGGUAGCAUACGGAGAGGCACUCUGCCAUUGA